CCGAGAAGUUUGAGGCUUAAAGAUUGUAAUCAGGAACAAGUGCUCACAAUGGACAGGCUUAUAAGCUUAGAGCCAUCAAACCUUGUUCCUAUCCUCAUCGAACAUGGUCAGAAAUGUUACGGUGUCCUCACCUUGCGAAACGUUAUGUACACUAUGCCGGUCGCGUUUCGGCUUCAACCACUGAUCAAAACCCGUUACACUAUCAGGCCGCAGUCGGGAAUCAUAUCUCCUCUCGCAACUCUCACUGUAGAAAUUAUUUAUCAUCUCCCACCGGGUUCCAAUCUUCCACACUCCUUCCCUCGUAGCGAUGAUUCGUUCCUUUUGCAUAGCGUUGUGGUUCCAGGGGCAGCCAUCAAGGAACCGUCAUCCAUGUUUGAUGCUGUUCCAAAUGACUGGUUCACAACAAAGAAGAAGCAAGUUUUCAUAGACAGUGGAAUCAAAACCAUGUUCGUUGGCCCGCCGGUUUUGGCUCAACUUGUGGCCGAUGGUUCUAUGGAUGAAAUUAGGGAGGUUCUUGAGAAGAGUGACCCGGCGUUGAGGGCGGUGGAUUCCAUUGACGCGCAUGGACAAACUUUACUUCAUUUGGCCAUCGCUCAAAGCCGAGCUGAUCUUGUCCAAUUACUUCUCGAAUUUGAGCCGGACGUAGAGGCUCAGAGUCGAUCAGGGUCCAGCCCACUUGAAUCCGCGGCAGCCUCCGGAGAAACCCUGAUAGUGGAGCUAUUAUUGGCUCAUAGAGCUAGCACAGAACGGUUGGAGACCUCUACUUGGGGCCCUAUACACCUUGCGGCCGGAGGUGGUCACACAGAGGUGUUGAGGCUCCUCUUACUCAAGGGGGCUAAUGUGGACGCACUCACAAAGCACGGGAACACGGCUUUACACCUUUCAGUCGAGGAGCGCAGGAGGGAUUGCGCGAGGCUUUUGUUGGCAAACUGGGCGAGGCCCGACGUCCAUAACACCGAAGAAGCUGACACGCCGCUGCAUAUCGCUGCAGGCAUAGGUGACGAACAGAUGGUCAAGCUUUUGUUACAAAAGGGAGCCAACAAAGAUAUCCGAAACAGGGUUGGAAAAACCGCUUAUGAUGUUGCUGUCGAUUACGGCCACAACCGGCUUUUCGAUGCGCUCAAACUUGGGGACAGUCUAUGUGUUGCUGCUCGGAAGGGCGAAGUAAGAACAAUCCAAAGACUUCUUGAAAAUGGCGCAGUUAUUAACGGGCGAGACCAGAAUGGCUGGACAGCGCUGCAUAGAGCCUCAUUCAAAGGAAAAAUAGAUGCAGUUCGAGCUCUACUGGAGAAAGGCAUUAGUAUUGAUGCUAAAGAUGAAGAUGGUUACACGGCAUUGCACUGUGCAGUGGAGUCGGGACAAACUGAAGUGAUAGAGUUGAUAGUAAAGAAGGGAGCAGAUGUGGAAGCUCGAACCAACAAGGGUGUCACUGCACUGCAAAUAGCAGAGUCGCUGCACUACAUAGGGAUUACAAGGAUACUCGUUCACGGAGGUGCCACCAACGAUAAUAUGAUACUUGUUCCAGCAAUAUCCCCGCCGGUUCCAUUCAGAAACAAAAUGCGCGCGCCACAAGAUCAGGGAGAGAUGGGCGGGCUGAAAAAGAAGUCGAGUAGAACCAAAGCGCCUCGGGCUAGCUUGGAUAGGCCAGUGCCGUUGGCAGUGCUCUAGCUAGUAGAUCGAGCAUACAUACAUAUAUGAGCUUUUUGUUUUUAUUUUCUUCUUCUCCUUCGAUCUCCAACAUUAGAGCACAGAAUGGAUCAUUUAUUUAAUUUAGUUAUGGCUAAAAUU